AUGACUGAAACUUUUUUCGAAAUCAAUCUUCAUAAUCAAGCUUGUGAUGAAACUACAAUCACGUUCUCACUUCACGACGAAUACUCCGCCCCUCACCGACCUGGCAGCCAAGAUCCCUUCGCGAAUAGGAGGGGCGGUGCUUCAGGCAAACUCGAGUCAAUCGCUGAUGCAGUACCAAAUGCUAUUGGUGGACUUUCAACAAAGGAACAGAAUCAGGACGACAUCAUUUCUGAAGCAAGCCCCGCAGGGCCAGAUUAUCGACUUGGGCCCUCCCAUAUCGGAGAACUAGCUUCACGACAUCAAGGUGCUACAAUUGACGACUUUUCGAUUGGAAUGGAAGGUGGAAUGCGAUAUUUGCGACCGUCGAAGACAGCAAAAGAGAAAUUUGAUCAAGAACAAAAACGACUCAACGAUGAACUCGAUCGACAAUUAAGAGAAAAGUGCUCGGAAAACGGUUGGAUGGAUCCAGAGGUGGCCAAGAUUUGUAGCAAGAUUGCAAACCAGAAAUUUGAUAAAAAACAAAGACAUCUAUGGGAAAAAAUCGAUCAGCUGUUGCAAGAAAAGGGUUUGAUGGACCUGGAUGUGGCUCGGAGAUACAAGAAGAUUGCAAGACAUCUGUACAAUAAAGGAAGUUUUGAGGAAGCCUUGGAACUUUAUGAACAGUCGUCAACAAUUGAAAAGAGUGUAUUUCAACGUGAUGAUCAUCCAGAAAUGGCAUCCACAUAUCACAGCAUUGGAAGCGUCUUGCAAAAUCAAGGCAAGUACGAGGACGCAAUGGAGCAAUUCCAAAGGGCGCUUGAUAUCAAAUCGAAGGUACAUGGACCGGACCAUUCCUCAACUGCAUCAACAUAUGACAGCAUUGGAAGCCUCUUAAAGGAUCAAGGCAAGUACGAGGAGGCAAUGGAGCAACAUCAAAGGGCGCUUGAGAUCAAAUUGAGGGCACUUGGACCGGACCAUUUAAAGACUUCACGCACAUAUCAUAGCAUUGGAAACAUCCUGUUCAAUCAAGGCAAGUACGAGGAGGCAAUGGAGCAAUACGAAAGGACGCUUGAGAUCGUAUGGAAGGUACAUGGACCGGACCAUUCCUCAACUGCAACAAUAUAUCACAACAUUGGAAACGUCUUACACAAGCAACGCAAGAACGAGGAGGCAAUGAAGCAAUAUCAAAGGGCGCUUGAGAUCAAUUUGAAGGCUUUUGGACCGAACCAUUCCUCAACUGCAAAGACAUAUCAUUGCAUUGGACACGUCCUGUACAUUCAAGGCAAGUAUGGGGAGGCAUGGGAUACGAAAGUGCGCUUGAGAUCACAUGGAAGACGCUUGGGUUUUGACAUUCCAGAACUGCAAUGGGACAUCAACACAUUGGAAACGUCUUAA